AUGUGGGGUAAUCCUUGUUUUGAUUUUGCGUGUAGUUGCGCUCGGGGUCUUUCAGGGGGUAUUCUUUCUGUUUGGGACCCUAAUGUGUUUGUGAAAGGCAGUGUUCAUUGUAUGGAUAAUGUGGUUAUUUUUGGAGGAGUUUGGGUUCCUUUUAGUUUUCCUUGUUACAUGGUUAAUAUUUAUGCUCCUCAAGGUAUCCAAGAGAAAUUUGACCUGUGGCAAUAUCUUAUGGAUUUUAAAAGGAGGAAUGGGGGGAAUUACAUGUGUUUUGGAGACUUUAAUGUUGUGAGGGAGGUGUAUGAUAGAAUGGGAUUGAUUUUUUGUUCUAGUUCGGCUUCUGAUUUUAAUGAUUUUAUUGAUGAUAUGGGUCUCAUUGACGUGCCUAUGAUUAGGAAACGGUUUACUAGAAUUGAUGCUAGUGGUUCCAAGUUAAGUAAACUGGAUAGGUUUCUAGUGGAUGAAGUUUUUUAUGAUAGAUUUGAAAAUCUUCAAAUUUCGAUUCUUGAUAGAAGGUGGUCUGAUCAUUGCCCUAUUUUCUUGCAUGUGUCUUUGGUGGAUUAUGGUCCUUUUUCUUUUAAAUUCUUCAACUCUUGGUUAGAUCUUGAUGGAUUUAAUGAUAUGGUGAAAGAUGCUAUCAAGGAGUUAGUGGUUGAAAGGUCUUGGACUACUCGCAACCUCCUUUUAAAAAGCGACCUCCAUCAGGGGAUUCCCGGAUCGGAAUUUGUUGCAUUUACAGUCAUGAGCACCGGGGAUUUUCUCAACCUUCAUCCUUCAGAACUCAAAUUUCAAUUUGAGUUGAAGAAGCAGAGCUCAUGUUCCUUACAGUUGACCAACAAGACUGAUCAAUAUAUCGCCUUCAAGGUUAAAACAACAAACCCCAAAAAGUAUUGUGUUCGUCCAAACACUGGAAUUGUAUUACCAAGAUCAGUUUGUAAUGUCACAGUUACAAUGCAAGCACAGAAAGAGACACCUUCUGACAUGCAGUGCAAAGACAAGUUUCUCUUGCAAGCUGUUAUUGCACCUAUUGGGGCAACUAAUAAGGACAUAACUGCCAACAUGUUCAAUAAAGAGGAGAACAAGGUUGUUGAGGAGUUUAAAUUGAGGGUUGUAUACAUUCCUGCUAAUCCUCCAUCACCUGUCCCAGAGGAAUCUGAAGAAGGUUCUUCCCCGAGGGGCGAAGAUGGAAGUCAAAAUUCUUCAUGGCCUGAUGUUACAACAAGAUCCGUGGAUCCCAAAGAGAAGCUCUCUGCAGAGUUGGUUUCUAUGGUAUCAAGGUUGACCGAUGAAAAAACAGCUGCUCUUAAACAAAGUCAGAAGCUCCAACAGGAACUGGAGUUGAUGAGAAAACAAACUGUGAAAAAUCAAUCAGGCGGCUAUUCGAUAUUAUUUCUGGUGGUGGUGGGUAUAAUAAGUGUUGUGGUUGGGUACCUUAUCAAGCAGACAUAGAGAAGAAGCAAUGGGAAAAUUGUGGAUUUGUUUUUAUUUAUUUUAGAUGCAAAUUCUCAUGGUUUUUCUGCAAAGAUUAUCAAACCCUUUGUUUAUUUUAGAGUACAUUUUAUUUUUUAAUUUAAGACCAUGAUCAGUUGCAGCUACAACUAAUUUUAUGAAUAUUAUGAGAUAUGUUUCUUGAUCAAGACAAAACGACUUAUUGGGUUAAGUAAAAAAAAAAAACACUGCC